AUGGCUACGGAAGGCGACCACGCUAUCGUCAAUCGCGACGAACCCAUUCCCGUCAUUCGCAUCCCAUCGAACGAAGACAUCGAAUCGAAUGCGCCGUCGGACGAAGAGGGCGAUCAAGAGCUAGGCAAGCGUGAUAGACUAAGACAACAGGCCAACAGAGUCAAGAGCAAGUUCGAGGAAUACGGAACCCCGGAAGGGCGACAGACACUUCAAGACCGAGUCUUCUCGAGUAUCAUACAGCAGAUCAUCCCCGGCGAUGCGCCUGAUGAGGGCGAUGAGAAGCCCAAGGCCAAGGACAGACGGUCGAAGAAAUAUGUCGAGCGGCCGGAGUUUAGGCCUCGUCAGAUGGCUUUCAACUUCAGACGUUUCAAUGCGCGGAUAGGCGUUGUGUUCGUGCUGCAGAAUCGAUUGAUACAUCUGUUCAGUUGGCGACGACCUACGGCUACGCUGUCGUUCCUGGCCAUCUAUACCUUGCUCUGUCUGGAACCACAUCUGCUGCCGUUGAUCCCACUUGUGGGGAUCUUGUUCAGCAUUAUGAUUCCGUCUUUCCUGGCUAGGCAUCCAACCCCGACAAACGAUCCGAGAAUCGAACCCAGCUACCAUGGCCCUCCCACCGCACCUGCGAGCAGAGUACGACCGGCUCCUGACCUUAGUCGGGACUUUUGGAGGAACAUGCGGGAUCUACAGAACGCUAUGGAAGACUUCUCACGUCUGCACGACAGCGCGAACGAGAUGAUCACUCCGUACACCAACUUCAGCGAUGAGGCUGUGAGCUCGACGUUAUACCUGGCCCUCUUCAUGCUCAGCUGCGCUGCUUUCGUCGCCAGCCAUUUGGUACCAUGGAGGGUCAUCGCACUCGUUGGUGGUUGGGGCAUGACUCUUGCUGGACACCCACGAUCUCAAAAGGUGCUGUUGUCGUCGCAGAAUCUCAGCCAGCUACAGCAGCACUCUUCAUUACUUCACAAAACCCUGCGCAACUGGAUCGAGACGGACGUCAUCAUGGACGAGCCGGCCGAGUUGCGACAGGUUGAGAUCUUUGAACUGCAAAAAUAUCAUCCAGGGAGCGACACCUGGGAAUCUUGGCUCUUCUCGCCCGCACCAUACGAUCCUCUCAGUCAAGCACGCCUUGCGGAAGCUCGGCCUAAGGGCACUCAGUUCUUCGAGGACGUUCAGGCUCCUACAGGAUGGAAGUGGAAAGAGAAGAAGUGGAAUCUUGAUCUCUUCAGUCGCGAAUGGGUGGAGCAACGGAUGAUCACGGGCGUCGAGAUCGAGACAGAGGGCGAACGAUGGGUAUAUGACAUACCGCCUGAAGAGGUGGAACUGUUGGACACACCGCAAAAGGGCAAGAAGAAGCGAAUAAGAAGCAUCCCCAAGAGCGGCUGGGAAGAAGGCACGGGCCUCGAAAAGCGCGGCGAAUGGAGGCGUCGCCGAUGGACCAGGCUUGUCGAGAAGAAGGCCGUCCCCAGCGCAGAUAAGGAUGCAGACCGAUCAUUGGCUUCGUCUUGA